GUUAAAACCGAUACUACCUCGUUUUAAAGACCCGAGUCAUGUGUGCUGCCACUUUGAAGCCACCGCCGCCGUUCUCCUUCACUGCUGUUCACCAUAGCCGUUCCAACCCUCGCUUUCUGCCUUGGCGUCGCCGUCGUCGUCGUUCAUCACUUUGAAGCCAUCACCGUGGUUGUCGUAAUUGAACUGAAUCCACUUUCCCAAUCGUGUCGCUGUUUAGUGUAGGUGAGAUGGAAACACACAGCAGCAGCAACAGCAACAACAUAAAUCAAAAUAAGAUAAAGGAGUGGAGAGCUGAAGAAGCAAUUGCUGGAAAUAAAGUGGCCCUUGAAGCUCUAAGAGAACUCAUCACUUUCCCUCUUCUUUAUCCUUAUGAAGCCAAAAGGCUGGGUAUUAAAUGGCCAAAAGGUUUGCUUCUGUAUGGUCCACCAGGAACUGGAAAGACAAGUUUGGUACGUGCAGUUGUUCAAGAAUGUGGUGCAUAUUUGAUUGUCAUCAGUCCACAUUCUGUUCAUAAAGGUUUUGCUGGGGAAAGUGAGAAAAGUUUGCGUGAGGCAUUUGCAGAGGCAGCAUCUCAUGCACAGCUAGGCAAGCCAUCCGUGAUUUUUAUAGAUGAAAUAGAUGCACUAUGUCCACGUCGUGAUUCAAGACGCGAGCAGGAUGUUCGUGUAGCUUCUCAACUAUUUACUUUGAUGGAUGCCAAUAAACACUCAUCUACAUCUUCAGCGCACGUUGUUGUGGUUGCAUCAACUAACAGAGUUGAUGCAAUUGACCCUGCACUAAGAAGGUCAGGGCGUUUUGAUACUGAAAUAGAAGUUACUACACCUACGGAAGAGGAACGCUUUCAAAUUUUAAAGCUUUACACAAAGAAGCUUCCUUUGGAACCAACUGUUGACUUGCAAGCUAUUGCUGCAUCUUGCAAUGGUUAUGUUGGGGCUGAUCUAGAAGCUUUAUGCCGCGAGGCUACUAUGUCUGCUCUUAAGUCUUCAGAGGCCAAUGAAAAUGCUGGCGUGUUUUCCUUGACAAUGGAAGAUUGGAAACAUGCAAGAUCUGUGGUGGGCCCUAGCAUAACAAGAGGUGUUACUGUGGAAAUCCCCAAGGUAUCUUGGGCAGAUAUUGGUGGAUUAAAGGAUUUGAAGAAAAAGCUCCAACAGGCUGUUGAGUGGCCUAUUAAACAUUCUGCUGCAUUUGCAAGGAUGGGUAUAUCACCUAUUCGUGGUGUCCUUCUGCAUGGGCCUCCAGGAUGCUCAAAAACUACUCUAGCUAAAGCUGCAGCUAAUGCUGCCCAAGCUUCCUUUUUUUCUUUGAGUGGUGCAGAAUUAUAUUCAAUGUAUGUUGGAGAGGGUGAAGCAUUGUUGCGUAAUACAUUUCAAAGGGCUCGCCUUGCAGCGCCAAGCAUAAUUUUCUUUGAUGAGGCUGAUGUUGUUGCUGCUAAACGGGGUGGGAGUUCAAGUGACAGUAUUACAGUAGGAGAAAGGCUUCUAUCAACUUUAUUGACUGAAAUGGAUGGUCUGGAACAAGCCAAGGGAAUUCUUGUGUUAGCUGCCACAAAUCGUCCUUAUGCAAUUGAUGCUGCACUUUUGCGCCCUGGACGCUUUGAUUUGGUGCUAUAUGUUCCGCCUCCUGAUUUAGAGGCUCGGUAUGAGAUACUUUGUGUUCAUACACGAAACAUGAAAGUAGCCGAAGAUGUUGACCUGAGAAGAAUAGCAGAAGAUACUGAGCUCUUCACAGGGGCUGAACUGGAAGGUCUUUGUAGGGAAGCUGGAAUUGUAGCUCUGAGGGAAAACAUAUCUGCCACUAUUGUGUGCAACCAACAUUUCCAGACUGUAAAGGAGUCGCUAAAACCAGCAUUAACUCCUCCAGAUAUUGAAAAGUAUUCAUUAUUUAUGAAGACCCAGAUUACAUCUUCUAGCCGGGAUAAAUCUAGUGCCAAAAGCACAAGCAAGAACAGGCACAAUUCAUUUGGUACAGUGCUUUCAGUUAAAAUUGGGAUUCUGAGCUUUGUAUUUCUCGUUGCUGCCAAGUAUUUCCUCAGGUACACAAACACAAUUAGACAUAAUAAUGUAUCGGCAACCUAAAAGGGCUGCUCAUAGAGCUUACGCAUUAUAUUUUGUGGGCAUAUAAUAUUACCCUCUGUGUUUUCAGGUAUUUCUAUACAGGUACUAAUUUAAAGAUAAAUAUGAUUUUGGGUAGCAGAAGUAUGGAUAAAUUUUUAAUA